GUAAUUCCCGAGAAUGCAAAGUCGAGUCUAAGACCCCACGAAAUCCCUCAGUAGGCGUAACGGAUUUCUGUCACGAACUGUCCGGUGUAUAAGACAAUGUCGCUCCGCAAAUUGGCAAAAGAAGCGUUUGACGCCGCGAAGGACCGGUAUCGUCAGUACGAGGAGCAAAAGCAUGGCAAUAGCCCACAGUAUCCCGGGCACCAUUAUCACAGUUCGAACAAACCAUAUUUCGCACCAGCGCCAUCCAAUGUGUAUGGAUAUGACCACGCUUAUCCUUCACAGGCUUCCCAGGCCACAUCAAGUCAAGCACCAAACUAUCUCCCACACCAAGCGCCUGCACCUUACGUUAACAUGGCUACAAAACCAACAUGUGAAGUCCAGCAGCAUAUCCCUCCUACAGCUCCGCCAACCAGUGGUCAGUCGCCGCAACCUUACUAUGCGCAGACUAUGAGGCCAGGCCCCCAAGUGCAAUCCUAUGGUGCGAAUCAAGAGCAUACCAAUGAAUCAUCGUCGCAUCUGGCACCCCAAGUCUCCCCUGGCGAUGCGUACCACGAUGCCACGCAGAAACACUCUUUCGAGGCAUCAACUGACAUAUUCGAACCAUUGAACAGUGGGCCCAUUCCUAUUCCAGCCUGUGAUGGGCACCCGGUGCCUUCAGACCUCAUCUGGAGCUAUGGAAGCAAAAAGGAACCUUUGCAAACUAAUGCAUUCUACAAUAAUUGGCUACUCGGUGGGCAAAAUUGCUCGAUUUGGACACAUCCGUACUCGCUGAGCUGGUCAAAGGGACAGGGCAAUGCGAGGAGCUGGGGCAUUGCAGUGAAUCAUGUUGACCCGGAGCAGCUUGCUUUUGGGCCGGCAAAAGCAAACGGCGGAAGCCAGUACUACAUCAACCCUGUUGGAAUCCAGUCAGUCAUUUUGUCUGCGAAAGAAGUGGGAGAGGACAGUAGCUUAACAAUCGAUUCGCCGCGUGCUUUCUCCGCAAAGGCGAAUCUCAGUUCAAGCGCCGAUAAUGCGCUGGUAAUGACUCUGCCACUUGUACAGGGCAUGGGCUUCGUUACAGCACUGUACAGAGGUUGUACUCCACUCAUCGAAUCAUCUGUUUUUUUCCGCGACUUGCAGCCGGCCGGCAUAUUAGAUAACGGAUCUACGGCUAAGCAGAGGAUUAUUCUUGAAGAUGGGAAAACGUGGUUGUUGUACGUGUCACUGCCAGCUGGCAAUGGCUCUGCGGUACCACUGUUCAAAUGGAUAAAUAACACGACUAUUGAAGGACCGUCAGGAUUUCAAGGCAUCGUCCAAGUCGCCAAGCUGCCUCCAGGGAACUCCGAGGAUUACUACGACAGGAGUGCCGGAUCCUUCGCUAGUUCCUGUACAAUUUCGGCCAGAAGCCAUGGCAACCAAGGAACUUACACCUUGGCUUGGAGCAAAGGAGGGCUACCGAAACCACUUCUUAUGUACGCGUUGGAUCAUCAUGUCAGCAGUUUCACACGAACUACUGCAACUCAUGUUACACCAAUGCGACUUAGGACAACGACAAAAGGCAUGGCAACGGCUGUUUUGUCAGAUGUUUGGCAGAUGAAAGAACAACUUCCAGUUGAUAUGGGCUUCAGCCCCUGGUUGCCGACCAAGGAGUUGCCAAUCCACUUGAGUCCUCUAGCGGCCGCUGCGGUAGUCGAAGCUGGCAGGUCAGAGAUAGAUCAGGAUGUUGUUGGUCAAUGCAAUCUUGACAGCAUGUACUUCAGUGGUAAAGGGCUAGGAAAAUUUGCGAUGAUGGCCAUCGCCUUGCACGAAAUGGCAGGCGAGCAAAAUUUAGCCAAGAGGGUUCUGGAUAAGCUGAAGCAGGCCUUUGCGAUCUUCGUAGAGAAUCGGCAACGCACUCCCCUAGUGUACGAGAAGAGCUGGAAGGGAGUAGUGUCGAAGUGUGGGAUGAAUAACGCUGGUGCGGAUUUUGGGAAUGGGUACUACAACGACCACCACUUCCAUUAUGGUUACUACGUCUACGCGGCGGCCGUUAUUGGCCAUCUUGAUCCAGAAUGGCUUGGGCAAGGCAAGAACAAAGCAUGGGUCGACAUGCUCGUCCGCGACUUUGCGAAUCCGGUCAAUGACAGCGAAUUUCCAUUCUUCCGCUCCUUUGAUUGGUACCACGGCCACAGCUGGGCGAAAGGACUCUUCGAAUCUGGGGAUGGAAAGGACGAAGAGAGCACAUCCGAAGACGCUUUUGCUUCAUAUGCACUCAAAAUGUGGGGUAAGACGUGCGGCGAUGCCAACCUAGAGGCCAGAGGCAACCUCAUGCUGGCUAUCCAGGCUCGUGUUUUUCAGACAUACUUUCUCUUGGAGAGCAGCAACACAACGCAGCCUCGGCAGAUUCUUCCCAACAAAGUCACCGGCAUCACCUUCGAGAACAAAGUCGAUCAUGCGACGUACUUUGGAAUGAACUCGGAGUACAUACAGGGAAUACACAUGAUCCCUCUGGCGCCACCUUCCUCCUUGGUCCGGACCGCAAAUUUCGUGAAGGAAGAGUGGGCGACAUAUUUUUCUGAUGGCAGAGCAGAUCAGGUUGGCGGCGGGUGGAGAGGCAUAUUGUACGCGAACUUGGCGCUCGCACACCCGAAGACGGCCUUUGAGUUCUUUGUAAGAAAGGACUUUGACUGUGCCUGGCUGGAUGGUGGAGCGAGUCGAACAUGGUACUUGGCAUGGUGUGCUGCUCUGGGCGGCGUAUGAGAGCGAGGCUGAAUGCGAUUCCGUCCGGAUACGACUCUCUCACGAGCUGCAGGACGAUUGUAGGUCAUCCCUAGGUGUGCGUUCCUCAUAAGUGCGGCCACGACCUCGCCACGUCAUCUCUGCUCUCAUCCAGUGGUUGACACCACCAGCGACUGGUUCGGCAUUUCCCUUUCAUGGGUGCCCAUUGGCGACAAGGCAAUCAGAUCUCGGAAUGUCCACGGUUGAUUUUACUAUGAAUGGAGGUCGUCGUAGCAAAUAGACUUGCAGAGACAGAUAGCGAGAUGAAGGACGUGGAGAACCACUUGAAUCAACAGCCUGCACACGCC